GCCGCGGGCGUCCUGAGCGGAGCGCCCGCCCGGGGAUGCCCGCCGCGCUGCUGGCCCUGGCCAUGUCGUCGUCCUUCUUCAACCCCAGCUUCGCCUUCAGCUCACACUUCGACCCCGACGGUGCCCCGCUCAGCGAGCUCUCCUGGUCGUCCUCGCUGGCUGUGGUGGCAGUGUCCUUCUCUGGGCUCUUCACUGUCAUUGCCCUCAUGCUCGCCUGCCUGUGCUGUAAGAAGGGCGGCAUCGGGUUCAAGGAGUUUGAGAAUGCUGAGGGGGAAGAGUACGCCGCCGACUUCUCGGCGCAGGGCUCCCCGGCAGCGGCGGCGGCCGCUCAGAACGGGCCCGACGUGUACGUCCUGCCGCUCACCGAGGUCUCCCUCCCCAUGGCCAAGCAGCCAGGGCGCUCAGUGCAGCUGCUCAAGUCCACAGACCUGGGCCGGCACAGCCUCCUGUACCUGGAGGAGAUUGGCCACGGCUGGUUUGGGAAGGUGUUCCUGGGGGAGGUGAACUCAGGCAUCAGCAGCUCCCAGGUGGUAGUGAAGGAGCUGAAGGCCAGCGCCAGUGUCCAGGAGCAGAUGCAGUUCCUGGAGGAGGCACAGCCCUACCGGGCCCUGCAGCACAGCAACCUGCUCCAGUGCCUGGCCCAGUGCGCCGAAGUGACACCCUACCUGCUGGUGAUGGAGUUCUGCCCCAUGGGGGACCUCAAGGGCUACCUGAGAAGCUGCCGGGUGGCAGAGUCCAUGGCACCUGACCCCCUGACCCUGCAGCGCAUGGCGUGCGAGGUGGCCUGUGGCGUCCUGCACCUGCAUCGCAACAACUACGUGCACAGUGACCUGGCCCUGAGGAACUGCCUACUCACAGCUGACCUGACGGUGAAGAUCGGCGACUACGGCCUUUCUCACAGCAAAUACAGAGAGGACUACUUCGUGACCGCUGACCAGCUGUGGGUGCCGCUGCGCUGGAUUGCGCCCGAGCUGGUGGAUGAGGUGCACUGCAACCUGCUGGUGGUGGACCAGACCAAGGCCAGCAACGUGUGGUCCCUCGGCGUGACCAUCUGGGAGCUCUUUGAGCUGGGCACGCAGCCCUACCCCCAGCACUCUGACCGGCAGGUGCUGGCCUAUGCCGUCCGGGAGCAGCAGCUCAAGCUGCCCAAGCCCCAGCUGCCGCUGACCCUGUCCGACCGCUGGUACGAGGUGAUGCAGUUCUGCUGGCUGCAGCCAGAGCAGCGGCCCACGGCCGAGGAGGUGCACCUGCUGUUGUCCUACCUGUGCACCAAGGGCUCCACUGAGGCCGAGGAGGAGUUCGAGCGGCGCUGGCGCUCGCUGCGGCCGGGCGCGGGCGGCACGGGUCCUGGGCCCGGGGCAGCAGGCCUGGCACUGGGCGGCACUGGUGAACUCGCUGUCGCCUCAUCCUUCCCGCUGCUGGAGCAGUUCGCCGGCGACGGCUUCCACGCAGACGGUGACGAUGUGCUGACGGUGACUGAGACGAGCCGCGGCCUUAACUUCGAGUACAAGUGGGAGGUGGGCCGCAGCGCCGAGGCCUUCCCACCGCCAGGGAUCGCAAGUCCCGGCCGCGCCACACGCCUGCAAGAGCUCUGUGCCCCUGAUGGCGCGCCCCCAGGCGUGGUGCCCGUGCUCAGUGCGCACAGUCCCUCGGUGGGCAGCGAGUACUUCAUCCGCCUGGAGGAGCCCACGCCCACUGCCGGCCAUGACCCUGACUGCGCUGGCUGUGCCCCUAGCCCCUGCACCACGGCCUCACACCCUGACGACGGUGACCACGAUGACGACUCCAACUGCAGCCCAGUCGCCUCAUUAGCCAUGGAACCACUGCUGGGUCACGCGCUGCCCGCUGAUGGCCCCUGGGGCCACUGCGACUACUACCUGUGCAGGAGUCGUGCCCGGGACCUGCCCUGCCCCUCGCGAUCGCCCUCCCCCGGGGCCCUGACGCUGGCGGAGCCGGGAGCCGAGGAUGUCAACUGGGGCUCGACCGCCUUCUGCCCGCCCUUUUUUGAGGACUCGCUGGGCAUGUCCCCCUUGGGGAGCUCUGGGGCCCGGCUGUCCCCAGGCGGGGAGGAGCUGGGUGAGGCCGAGGCACACAGGGCCGCCCAGCACAGACACUGGAGCUCCAACGUGUCAGCAAACAACAACAGUGGCAGCCAAGCACCAGAGUCCUGGGACCCGGGCUACGCAGGUGGCUACAUGGACUGCUGCCCCGGCGUGAAGCAGAUCCUACAGACUGACCCUGAGCUGGGCCCCCCACUAGCCCCAGAGAACCCCAGAGAGCCUCUCCUUGGGCCAAAGGGGACCUCCUCUGGCCAGGAGCCAGGCUGCUGCCUUGGCCUCCCCGAUCUGUGUCCUGCUGAAGGCCUGGCACCUGCCACCUGCCUGGUCACACCCCCGUGGACAGAGGCAGCUGUAAACGAGGGUGACAGCCCCCAGGCAGAGCCCAGGCUUGCAGCGAAGGCCAAGGGCUCUGCUGGACUCCAACUGCCCCUUCCCUCCAUCCCAUCCCCAUCCCAAGAGGGAGCCCCACUUCCCGCUGAGGAGGCCAGCGCCCCUACUGCCCUACCUGCCUCUCCCACGUCCGCUGGCAGCCACCUGACUGCCAUGGAGCCCAUCCAGACCCUGAAUAGCAGCAGCAGCUCCUCCGAGCUGGAGGCACCAGGCAGUGAGGACGACGACACUACUGAGGCCACUUCUGGCAUCUUCACUGACUUGUCCAGCGAUGGCCCACAGGCCGAGAAGCCAGAUGUGACAGCGGCCUUCCGCUCCCUGCAGAAACAGGUGGGGACUCCUGACUCCCUGGACUCGCUGGACAUCCCAUCCUCAGCCAGUGAUGGCGGCUGUGAGGUCUUCAGCCCGUCGGCUGUUGGUACCCCUGGUGGGCAGCCUCGAGCCCUAGACAGUGGCUAUGACACGGAAAACUAUGAGUCUCCCGAGUUUGUGCUCAAGGAGGCGCAUGAGCUGUGCGAGCCUGAGGCCCUUGGGGAGCUCGCCUCAGAGGGUGAGAGCCCCGGGCCUGAGACUCAGCUCUCCGCCUCCCUCGGUAGCCUCAGUGAGAAGAACCCCUACCGUGACUCGGCCUACUUCUCAGACCUGGAUACCGAGCCGGAGACCCCCUUGGGCCCCAUGGAGAAGCCAGGAGGUGUUCUGGCCCCAGGGCCAGAGCCGGACGUGGAGAGCCCGCAGAGCCCUGGGCUGCAGCCUGCACAGCCCUCCUCUGAGCCUGGGGUGUCCACAGAGGCGCAGGGCGCUGGCCCCAGGGAGGUGCGGCCACUGCUGCUGCCUGAAGUCUCUUGCCCAGAGCCAAGGGCCUGUGCCGCCGGCCCCCAGCAGGAGACUCCCUGGGCCCUAGGCUCAGCCCAGGUGCCGCCGGUGCCCAGCCCCGGGCGUUCCAAGAUUUUCCUGCUGACCCCGGUCCCGCCGAGCUCAGAGAGCCACCGCGCAGAGCUCCAUGAGGCCCCGGGACUGCUGUCGGGGCCGGCCCUGAAGGAACGGACAGCGGGGCCGGGCGCCCCCAGAGCCCCACUCUGCCUGGCCCUGCCGGGACUCCCCGCAGCCCCGGAGGGCCCGUCGGAGGAGGAGGAGGAGGACAGCGAUGACAGCGACGAGUCAGACGAGGAGCUCCGCUGCUACAGCAUCCAGGAGCCGAGCGAGGAGAGCGAGGAGGAGGCGCCGCCCGUGCCCGUGGUGGUGGCCGAGAGCCAGAGCGCGCGCAACCUGCGCAGCCUGCUCAAGAUGCCCAGCCUGCUGAGCGAGGCCUUCUGCGAGGACCUGGAGCGCAAGAAGAAAGCCGUGUCCUUCUUCGACGACGUCACUGUCUACCUCUUCGACCAGGAAAGCCCCACCAGGGAGCUCGGGGAGCCCCUCCUCGGCGCCAAGGAGUCGCCCCCCGCGUUUCCAGCGGGCAGCCCCGGCUCCUCCAGCGCCCCGGGCCGGCCGCGGCGGGUCGACUGCUCCCCGGAUGGCUCCGCGGCGGAAGCGGGCAGAGCGUUCGAGUGGGAAGACGGCUUCCCGCUGGCGCCGGCCCUGGAGCCCGCCCCGCCCGCCGCUGCCGCGCCCCCUAAGCCGGCAGCCCCUCGCCCCUUCUCGCGCUUCACCGUGUCGCCCGCGCCCGCGUCCCGCUUCUCGAUCACGCACGUCUCCGACUCGGACGCCAGGUCCCUGGGAGGUGAGGCUUCGGCGGGGCUGGCGGGAGGGGACACUGAGACGGGCAGUGGAGAGGGCGGCCGGGUGCGCUCAUUAUUUCUCAUCUGA